AUGGAUGUACCAGAGGGGAAUGGAAACCCUUUGGGCAAUGGACUCGGUCGAGCUAGGCAAACUCGACCGAUUGGUCAAGGAGAUGCUCCAAACCGCCACCAACAGAGACAAGGGAUUGUUCCACCACCAGUGCAGAACCACAACUUUGAGAUCAAGCUGGGAAUGAUCAACCUUGUCCAGAACAAGAUGUUCCAUGGAUUGCCAAGUGAAGACCCCAUUGACCACCUUGAUGAGUUUGAUAGGCUUUGUGAUUUGACAAAGAUCAAUGGUGUCUCUGAAGAUGCCAUCAAGCUGAGACUCUUUCCUAUGUCUCUAGCUGACAAAGCUCACCAAUGGGAGAAGAGCUUGCCCCAUGGCACAAUCACCACUUGGGAUGAAUGCAAGAAGGCCUUUCUUGCUAAGUUUUUCUCCACCGGUCGCACAGCCAAGCUUAGAGGAGAGAUAUCCAGCUUCAUCCAGCGAAACAAUGAGACAUUCGCAGAGGCUUGGGAGAGGUUCAAAGGCUACACAAGUCAGUGCCCACACCAUGGAUUCAACAAUGAAUCACUACUCUCUACUCUUUAUAGAGGAUGCUUGCCUAGGUAUAGGGAGAUGCUAGACACAGCUAGCAAUGGGAACUUCCUCAACCAGGAUGUAGAUGAUGGCUGGCAACUUGUGGAGAACAUAGCUAACUCAAAUGGAAGCUAUGGAGAAGAGUAUGAUCGCACCAACCGGAGCUCGACCCACCACUCGAUCGAGUCAGACGAAAAGUUGAGAAAAGAUGUUAAGGCAUUGAAUGAGAAGUUGGAUAAGCUGAUCCUAGCUCAGUCCACAAUGAAGAAAGUCAACUUUGUGUCUGCUGAGGAGAUGGAACCAGUCCAAGAAGGGGAGGAUACACAAUUUGCUGAGGUGUGCUACAUGAGCAAUGGGCAAGGAGGUUACAACAAAGGAUACUAUAAUUACAAGUCCAACCCUGCCAUGUCAUACCGCAACACUGAUGUUGCUAACCCUCAGGACCAAGUCUAUCCUCAACAACAAGCAGCUCGAUCGAGUCAAGGUGCCACAACAUGGAUCGAGAACCUCAACACAAGGGUUUACUCUCUGGAGAAUCAUGCUUCUUCUGUUGCUGCUGCUACAAAGCAAGGACAACUACCUGGUAAAGCUAUUCAGAACCCCAAGGAACAGUGCAAGGUCAUCUUCACUCAAGAAGGACUUGUUGAAGAAGAGGAUCAAGAAAGGGUCAUUGAAGAUUUUUGUUUACUGCUGAAUGAUGAAGAGAUUGUUGCUGCUGAGGCUCCUGGAGUCCAGAUUGAUCAACCAGAAGUGCAGCACCUACUGUGGCCAUUCACACUUCACCAGUUGAGCUCGCACAACAAGCUCGAUCGGCAGCUCGAUCGAGUCCAACUCUAG